UAACAAAAUGGGCAAAUAUCAACGUGGACGUCAUUUACACUAAUAAUCAUCUCAUCAAAGUGAGAACAAAAAUAUCAUCAAAAAAAUCACCAGCAGCCCAAGAAGCCAUUGAUUCUCACACCAACUGGGUUUGUUUGAGUUUCUCUUUUUCAUUUUUCAGUGUUCAAAGCUAUAUUAGCAUUGAAGAUAGUUGGGAAUAGAAAAACAUGGUUCAAGUUAAGGAGUUUCGGAUUGUGAUGCCUUUGUCAGUAGAAGAGUAUCAGAUUGCCCAGAUGUACAUGGUGAUGAAGAUGCAACAACAGAACACAAGUGGUAGAGAAGGAGUGGAAGUUUUAGAGAACAAGUCAUUUGAGGAUGAUGUAUUUGGGAAGGGUCAGUAUACUUCUAAAGUAUAUCAUUUACAAAGUAAGGUUCCGACUUGGCUUACUACUUUCGCACCAGCUGAUGCUCUUAUCAUGAAAGAGGAGGCUUGGAAUGCAUACCCAAGAUGCAAAACAGUAAUCCAGUGUCCAUACUUUACAAAGUUUCGGCUCACUAUUGAAACUGUUCAUAAGGCUGACAAUGGGCUCUCAGAAAAUGUUCAUGGUCUAAGCAAAGAACAGCUAGCAGCCAGGCAGGUUGAACAUAUUGAUAUAGCUACCUUGUCAACAGAUUACUGGAGUUACAUGGUCGGAGGAGGUAGUGUCGUGGAUCUUUCUAAAUUUAAGUCAGCGAGAACAGGCCGUGGUCCACUUUUAGAGGGAUGGCAGAAUAAAAGCAAUCCAGUUAUGACGGCAUACAAGUUGGUCACCGUAGAUGUCCCAUAUUGGGGUUUUGGCUAUCGACUCGAGCAAGCUCUUCUAGCAGGUGAAAGAGCUCUUUUUCUAGAGAGUAACCGGAAUAGUUUUGCCUGGAUUGAUGAAUGGUAUGGCAUGACAAUGCAACACAUACGUGAACUCGAACAAGAAAGCGACUCCUUAUUAAAUGAGAAACUGAGCAAGCCAACUUUGAUGACAAAUGUGGAAGAGUUUGAUGAUGACAGAUAAUGACAUGAGUUUGAGUUUUAACUCCCUCAGGACCAGGUUGAGCUUUAAACAUGUUGCACCAGAAAUGGACUACAGUACACUGCAGGCUUAGGAUAUUACAUAACAUACAUACAUAUAGAUACAUGUAUACAUUGAUUGAUUAUUCUGCUAUUAUUGUUUCAUAAUUUAUAAUUAUCAAAUAAAGAAAAUUUCACAAACCAAAUCACAUCAUCAAAUUCAAAUAUAACUUCUUUUAUAUGAUCUAUUCUUAGCUA